AUGAAGUCUACAAAAAACACUGAGAAGUGGAAAUGGAGGUCGUCCACUGCCAGCACGGCGGGAUCUCUAUCUCCAUACCAAUAUGCCACUGAAUCCUCGGAGCCUGUUGUUGAAAGCAAAAAAUCUCGUUCGCUGUCCAAGGCAUUUCGUUCCAUGAGUAGCUCCUCCCUGGACUCGAUGUCUAGUGGUCCAUCUAGGUCUGGAUCUUCGGCACGAAAGCUGCACAAGACGCCAUCGGGCUCAGGAUCGAUGAUUGAAAGAUUUCAGAGGAGGGUUUCCAGAGAUUCUUCUAUCAGCACGGCGCCUUCGGAAAUUCCAGGUGGUCCCUUGGAACCCAGCUAUACGGCGAUGGAAAUGAUUCGAUAUGGGUGGCUCAAGACAGAUUCUUCUCUACUCAAAGCUCGCUCUGAAUAUCUCGUCCUGACAGAUCAUUCGUUGGUGAAAUUUGGAAGUGCGGAAGCCGCUAGGAGUGUCUUCCCGCAGUUAACUCAGACUGGAAGCCAAGGGAAAAGCGCCCAGUCCCAUUAUCUGCAUUCUUUGACCAGCAAGUCUACAUUUGCGGAGAUUCGAUACGAUAUUCCCCUUCGUUCCAUCAUUGCAGUCUACACUGAAGAAACCUCAAGCUCUCGAUGUGGUAUCGAGGUGUGGUGGUCCUCGAGAUCGCCCAAGAUUGCGUCUUGCAAGGCGCAUUUCCAUUUUGCUCUACCAAAGGAAAGAGACGACUGGUUGGCGGACAUUCAGCAGGCAUACAAGGCCAGGAUGAGGAAAAACCCGAUCCAUGUGACUGUUCCAGAGAAUGUCAAGAUUCGUAUCAAUCAUGUUAUGCAGCCCGCAGAGACAUCCGACGAUAGCACCCCCCAGAGCUUGAUCUUUCCAGUGGCCAAGCGUUUUGCGCCAGCAGCUCAGAAAGGGGCAGCCGCAGAUGAGUCUCAAGACAUCAUAGAUGCUGCGACCUACUAUCUUGCAAUUGGCCCCUACGUGUGUUAUCUGAUUGAGAUCCUCAAGGCGGACCAUUCGACUCUGCCGGGCGACUUGCUCAUGAAAACUACAGAUUGGGGGACGGUGUCCUUGACUCGUUUCCAAGCAUCAGUAGCAUCUCAUGAGCAAAGAUUCUUGAUGAGUUUUCGCAAACCAUUCGAACGUGAAUCUCGCCUUGAACUAGCCAGCACGUAUUAUCGCCGGAUCAUCGAAGCUUUGACAAAGAUUGAUCGUGUUUUGAAACCCAUGUGGCCCCAGAACCUCCAACACGCUAUUUUCGACAUCAAGGGUCUUCCAUCACCUCUCCAGCUAACAUCGGGCAAUGAUUUGGGUGGCCUUGAGAUGAGCCUCCAGGCAUAUUGCGUCGCGUUUAAUGUGCAAAUCCCCGCCUGGACGAUUGAGUGGCUGACCCCGUCAGAGCCAACCUUCCGACUGCUCGCCUCUGACGAGUGGGAAUACACGCCCCUUCAACUACUUGCGGUUUUCCGGGCCCUGAGAUACAAUAGCUUCUUCAAAGCCCUCUCUUUUCGUGAUGUGUCACUUACAUCGCUUGCUAACAAAAGUGACUAUUCACAAUAUGGAGACACUGUGGUAUACACAUCUUUGAGCGGCGUGAAACUACCAGAAGAUUACUACCAACUUCUCAGUCAGGCCACAGUAUUGGAACAAGAGAUUCAUGCCCUGUUGUUUUCAUCUGAAUCCAUACGACACAUUGAUUUUACGAAUACUGCCGGCUUGAAACGCCCGCUAAGACCACAGACAGGCAGGGGAUCGGUCGACCAAACUACCAUGCGCAAAAUGAGCUCCGAGAUCAUUCGACCUUUGUCGAUGCUGCUUAAAACGCAGUUGAGCCACUGUCACAGCAUUUCCAUGUCUGGCAAUCCCAUCGGCUCAAGCGACGUAGCUGAACUAGCCAAUGUCUUUGGAUUGGAUGAUGUGCAUCUAAGAAAAGUCGACUUAUCAAACUGUGGGCUUGGUGACAUUGAUCUCAACAAACUUUGGUCUGGUCUUGCAGGCCAAGCUGAGACUAUCGAAUACAUCGAUACAUCAGGCAACAGCGGGACUGUGGGCUUUGAUACCCUCACUUAUACGCUUCGGCAACUCCGCAACAUCAAGAAGCUCAACAUAUCGGGCAAUACUAGGCUCGUCUCAGAAGAACCCCUCUUCGCUGAGGGUGCGCUACAAAGCUGGGCUCUCCAGGAACUGGAUCUUUCCGGUAUUGUGCUCAACGAUACUACCGUGGUUUCUCUUGCGAGAUAUGUGGAGUCGCCAUUGUCACAAGAGCUACAAGUGUUGCGCCUCAACAAUUGCGGCCUCACUGGAAGCCAAGUUGCCCAGCUGUUUUUCAGCAUGGGCAAGGCUCGGCAUAUGACGGUUCAUAUUAAUGCAAACCGCCUAGAUGAUGGUAUUGGAAGUCUCUGCGAUGCACUUUCUUCCGGCUACGGGCCUUGGAGUCUGUUCAUGCAGAUGAUUGAAUUCAGCUACGAGGACAGCUUUGUCAAGCUAAUGCGGGCAUUGACUAUCAACAAGACGAUCGAGUGCCUGAGCUUGGCUGGCUGCGCUACACCGGAUGCUGUCAGCAGCGUGGCCUGCCAAGCAGCCUCAGACCUCUUCGCCAAGAACGACACCAUCCGCUUCUUGGAUAUAUCUGGAUACGACUCUAAGCUUGAUGAAGGCCGACUGGGCAGAGAAUUCUCGAGAUCAUUAAGCGGCAUGAAGUUCAAUAAGCGAAUUGAGCACCUUCGAGUCAGAAGCCAGAUGCUGAACAUCAACAUCGGAGACCUCGCAGAAGCCAUUUCGAGGAAUCAAACGCUGCACACUCUGGAUUGUGAGGGCAACGAUUUCAAUCUCUCCAAUUUCUGGCAUCUGGUAAAGCGUAUUGAGGGCAAUACGACGAUCCGGCACUUCUCCGCCUUCUCAGAAGCUGAACUUUCUAGGACAAUACAGAAAUCUGCCGAAGUCGACGUGCCCGUCGUUGCUCCACGCCGCUCCUCGGGCAUAUUCAACAAGCUGAAGCAUGAAAAACCUCCCGUCAUUGUAGAGAAGCCACUUGUUCAACGACUAAGUGACGAGUGGGAUGCCGCGAUCAGCGCGCUCAAUCGCGUUAUCGAGAGAAAUCAAAAGAUCUACCAUGACGAGCAGAGCCCUGCGAAGAUGGCCGACGAGGGAAUUGAAAAUUGCGAGAUAGAAGAAGGCACAUUUUCAGUUGACUUUGGUGGCCUUGCCAAUAAAGAAUUGGAGGCCCAUCAUGGUGCGGGCUCCUCCCUUCGACGUGGACCCUCUACAACGAACCACGGCUCGGAAACGUUGAAAGUCAUCGUAUCAGCGCCUUAUUCGGGCGAAGAUGUCAGUGACGCAAUCAUCAGGCCCUAUUCCAUUGUCUCAAGCGACGGGGCUAGUAGUCCAACCUCACAGGCGAGCUCCAAUAGUGAAACGGGUAUGCCAACACCUUCAGAGAUGGAAAGUCCCCCGGAUAAAGAGCUGGGAUGGACCAGCACUCCGGUUGCGGGAGUGGCCAGCAACGCGGCACCCGAGGAUAGCUCUUUGCCUUCCGAGGGUUAUGAUGCUGAGAUAAGCUUACUGAUGGGGAGAUAUCAAAGUCUCCUUGGCGAUCCGACAGAUCCCAUUGAAGAGGAGGCAAGGUAA